CUAAAAUCAAAAUGGCUCCUCAUCGAGGAACAACAAUCGUUCAUACAGAAUUUCCACUUUAUACCGUACGUGCCCUAGGUGAUCGUCAUUUUAUGGUGGCGGGAGGAGGAGGAACUGCUAAGACGGGUGUUAAGAAUGCUAUUGAAAUUUAUGAAAUUAAGAAUGCAGAAGGAGAACUCCACUCAGAAAAGUUGGGCCGCCAUGAAACAACUGAUGCAGUUAUGAACAGUGCAUGUAUUUGCAACACUAAGAACUAUGUGCUGGCAGCUGGGAUGGAAGACAAAUGUGAAAUAUUUAACCUACGAUACAAAAUUAUGUUUCAGUCUAAAAAUCCAGAUGGAGACACUGUGGUUAGGAAAAGGAAGAGCAAUCUGACGAAAGCUCAGGACAUCAAAGAUGCUGAGCGUUCUAUUAAAUUUGAAGUUGAGCACCUGAACUCAGUGACAACAGACUUCCAUAGCAAAGGUGGCUACCAGAAAGUUGUUGCGUUCAAUCUGGAGGGAACACUCAUGGCAACUGGGGGAGGAGAUGGACAUCUCAGGGUUUGGGAGUAUCCCAAAUUGAAGAAAGUGUGUGAUGUAAAGGCACAUAACCAGGAGAUUGAUGAUCUGGACAUUAGCCCACAACAAAAUAAGGUUGUGACCCUCUCUAAAGAUAACAAUGCAUUUAUAUGGGACAGUAGGAAAGGAAACAAAAUAUGUCCACUCAAGUGGACUCAAAAUACAGGAGAUACAAAAUACAGAUAUAGAAACUGUAGAUAUGGCCUUAUAGAGGGAGCAAGAGAUAAGUUCAACCUCUACACGACACAUAUACCUGUAGUCAGGGGAACUAAACCGCCAAAUUGUUACCUCACAAAGUGGGAGACCAAGAACUACACACCUUGUAAGAUAGUCAGCACUGGUCAGGCAGUCACUUCAGCAUUAGCAGUCAGCUCAGAUGGUACCUACCUUGGACUAGGGACAUUAUCUGGAGAUGUAGGGGUCUAUAUCUCAUAUAGUUUACAGAAAUUAUAUUAUGUAAAAGAGGCUCAUGGUAUAUUUGUUACGGGACUAGACUUUUUCCCAUCCUCCGAUUCAACACGUGCAAUAAUGGGUGACCAUGACGUAAACCUGCUCAGUAUCUCCGCGGACAACCAAGUCAAAGUUCAUCAGGAACCCACCAGAGCCAGUUACAGUGCAUUCUGGGUGCUGCUAGGUUUCCUUGCCAUCAUAUAUGCCAUCUUUUGGACACUCACUGUACUUGGAUUAAAAAUAAAGACUCGGGAAAUAUCUCAUUUUACGCUGGAUUUCUUGUGGAAUAAGCUUACAAAUAGCAGAAGCCUUACGAUGGGUCGGUCACGGAGAAGACGAAGGUCGUGUAGCAGAGAUUCUUCUUAUGACAGCUAUGAUAGGAACAAGCGACGCAAGGUCUCUAAUAACAGUUACUAUGACGAUUACAAAUAUAGGCAUUCCAGGUCUAGAUCUCGCACUCCUCGCAGACGUGAAUACACCCCAGAUUCUUACUACAGAGAAAGAUCUUAUACUCCUGAACGUGAGUAUCAAAGACGGCAAAAUAGACGGCAUCGUUAUGACGACAGAUUUGACUACAAUUCUGACUACGACAGGUACCGAUCACAGGAUGAGAGUCGCUACCGUAGCAGUAGGCGGCGUCCUCGCCACAGACGACAACAUCGCAGAUCGGAAAGUACUAGUACAAGCGUGAGCCGGGCUGAGAGUAGGGCAUCAAGCAUUCAUGAUGAUGAUGAUGGGCAUCUUAUAUACAAGGCGGGGGACAUGCUUCAAGCGAGAUAUGAAAUCAUUGGUACUUUAGGAGAAGGAACAUUCGGCAAGGUUGUAGACUGCAAAGAUUUACAAAAAAAUGGUGAGAGAAUUGCUCUGAAGAUCAUCAAAAAUGUGGAAAAAUACAGGGAAGCAGCUAAGUUGGAGAUUAAUGUUGUUGAAAAACUUAUGGAAAGAGAUCCAGAUGGAGACAAUUUAUGUGUGAGGAUGUUGGACUGGUUUGAUUACCAUGGCCACAUGUGCUUAUCCUUUGACAUGCUUGGUCUCAGUGUCUUUGAUUUCCUUAAAGAUAACAAUUAUCUCCCAUACACAAUGGAACAGGUCCGGCAUAUAAGCUACCAGGUCCUUAUUGCAGUAAAAUUUUUACAUGAGAUGAAGUUAACACAUACAGACCUGAAGCCCGAAAAUAUUCUCUUCCUCAAUUCAGAUUUCCAUGUUAAAUAUAACACUAAAAGGAAGCGAGAUGAAAAAGCAGUAAAAAAUACAGAUAUCCGUCUGAUAGAUUUUGGCUCUGCUACAUUUGACCAUGAACACCACAGUACUAUUGUCUCCACUCGGCAUUACAGGGCACCAGAAGUUAUUCUAGAGCUUGGUUGGACACAACCAUGUGAUGUAUGGAGUAUAGGCUGCAUCAUGUUUGAGCUUUACACAGGCUACACACUAUUCCAAACACAUGACAAUAAAGAACACCUAGCGAUGAUGGAGCGAAUACUGGGCUCUAUACCUUACAGAAUGGCUAAGAAAUCAAAAAAAAGCAAGUAUUUCUACCAUGGACGAUUGGACUGGGAUGAACAUAGCUCAGCUGGUAGAUAUGUCAAAGAUAAUUGCAAGAAGAUAAAGCGAUACUUGAUGAAAGAUGAUGAUGACCACAGGCACCUCUUGGACAUCAUUGAGAAAAUGCUGGAGUACGAUCCAGCAGAACGCAUUACAUGCUACGAGGCAAUACAACACCCAUUUUUUGAUAAAAUCGACAAUCGGCUACCCGGGGACCCAAAAUUCUCUGAAAAGCGUGAGCGAUCCCACAGUUUGAGUAGGUAGUUGAAGGCCCAUUCUACACUAUGAAAAUCUACACAAUGAACUCGACAUAUAGAGACCAAUAUCCACAUUGUAUUUGUGUUUGCAUCAGAAUUUGUAACCAAUCUGUUCAGUAUUGCAAUGUGAUUGCCAAAUUGUUUUAAGUUGCUUUAAAUUAUUCACAAAUGAUGUUGCAACAUUGCUUAAAAUAAUUAUAUUGCUAAAAUUCAAAAUUCUUUUUUAAGUUUUAGUCGAAGCAUCACCGAUUUGAUUUGGUAGUCACUGCCACGUGCAAUUGACAAAUGUUACUGUAACAUGUUUUAUUAGCUGUGCGAUUAUUAACUUCAAAGUUUCAUUAUUGUCAUCAUUGUCACAGAAUGAGAAUAUUGUCUUAUAAUGUUGAAGCUAAGUGCAUAAUAUAAAUAUAAUGAUAUAUAUUACCUAGUCAACCACCUUGUGUAUCUACACCUUCCUAGCCUAUUGUAGUAGAUGUUUUCUUAUGCUAGGAAUGUGUGGAAUAUGGUGUGUGUUCAUGUACUGGUAAACACAAUUUUAAACCCAAUCAGCAUUUUAAUUUAUGGUGUCAGUUAGCAUCUGCGACUAAUGAGUAUGAAGAUAUCUGCAUUUAUAAUGACUUGCACACUCUACAUACACAGAUAAAUUGAGAUAUUGUAAAACUAUGUAAAAAUAUCCUUUUAUACUGUGAUGUUAAGCAUGGUGUGUCCACCUGGUGUGUCAAGUGAAUGACGUAUCCAUGGGGACUACACAUGCUGUGUCAAUGUGAAGACACAAUUGGCUUACUGUUUAAUGCAAUUCUUGUUUGACUGAGUAUUUCAAAGUGUAUAAUGCAUACAGUUUCAAUGCAUGUUAUGUGAAAUGGUACGCACAUCUCCAAACAAUAUGUGAUUUAUUUACUAGCGAUUUCAUUCAGUGCUUGUGCUAAGUUUUGAGACCAGCUUUUUCACAUACCAUGUAAAAGAAAGAAAUCAACCUGCCCAAAUUAAAUUGAAAAGGAUUAAUAAGCCCCUAAUUUGAUUCAGGAUUAUAUUAUCAGAAAGCAAUAAUUUUGAAUAUUGAUUAUUCAUUCUUGCUCAAAAUGUAAUCAAAGUGAAACUGUACUCCCAGUGGACGAUUCUGUGAUUCGAGCUAUUUGAAUAUAUCUGAUGACAAUAUUAUCAUCCAAUUCACAUUAACUAAGCACUGCAAGCUGUAUAGCUAGAUAUGUUUUAAAACUAUUUAUUAAGUACUGUACUUAUGUACAGACUAAUUGAACUCUUGACAACUUUGUAUUUAUUCAGAAACAAAUCCCUGAAUGCUGGCAAUUUAGUCUAGAACAUAUGUUUCCAGUUUGAGACAUGAGCAGUCAUCUUGGAUGUCAGGUGACCAAAUCAGUGAGACAUUGUCAUAUUUGGUGACAAUGUCAUAUUUGGUGACAAUGUGGCAUUUUCUAUUUGGGAAGGGCUAAGGUCAUCAAUGGAGACUUAUGUUCUAGACUGAAGUAUCCAUCAGCAUAAAGAGUUACAAAGUUGUCAUAAUGUAGUUUAAGUGUGAAUAUUGUAUAUACUGGAGUGUUUCCAUCCAAUAAUUAUACCCCUUCUAGAUUUUGAAAUACUGGCCACUAUAUUUUUAGUCUAAAAAUCAUGUUGUCUUCUGAACUGUCCUUUCAUUAAACAGGAAUUCAAUAUAUUUUGUGAUUUAUGAUUUACCAACACAUUAACCUUACAUGCCUGUGAAUUUAAUUUUUGGCAACUUCUUCAGAUUUUUGCGGAUACAUGAUAGAUGCUAACCUGUGGAAGAUUUCUAGAAGGGGUGUGUAGUUUAGUACAAAAUAUCUAUAAAACUGAGAUGUAGAAUUUGUAUAUAAUUUAUUUUCCAUGUUGAAGAUGUAGCGUAUAUCAUAAUCACUCACAUACACUCUAGCUGAGAAUGUCACCACUGGGCUGUGAGACUUGUGCCUGUAUAUCUCCUCAAUUAGACAUACAGACACGAUCCUGAUAGCCAUGGUUACCAUAGCAACAUCAUUAUAAGAUCAAAUUGGACCUAGCAACCAAGCACUUACGCUGGAUUCAACAUCAUUAUCAUUGUCCUCAUAGUCAUAUCACAAAAUAUAAAGAACACAAUUUAAUUUUAAUCAUUUAUAUACAGACGUAACAUUUAUUAUUUGCCUUCAUUGAUUCAAAAAGUGUUGUGUAUGACAUACAGGUAGCAAUGCAUAUGUGAGAUAAUUUAAAGAGUAUUAAACUGUUUUCAGUCUCUUAACUUUAUGAUGAUUAUUAGUAAUUCACUGUUCAACUAAAAAGGGAAAUACUCAUAUUAAAUUUUUACGUUUCAAUCAUACUAAAAAUUUAAAGAUCAUGGUCAUUUCUUUAUGUUACUGUUGGCAUACAAAUGUACAUACUUUUGUUUUAUAAAAGGUGCUGCUUAAAAUAAACAAUGAAUUUGUUUUCAUAACAGAGCUUGUAAAAUAUAUUUCAUCAACCAUA